CAGUCUUCAGAGAUGGGAAACAAAACGUCAGCUGGUGUGGACAUACCGUCCCAGGGGAUGGUCCCUGGGACCUUCAGGACCACACAAUCAGGUCACGUGAACUAUUCGUUCUCGCCACCCACAAACGGACCCCUGGAAGGACCUCCACAGACGGAUGACGUCACAAAUGGCAGCAGGAAUCACAAUCUGAGGGUCAGGGACACGCCCCUUCAACAGACAAAGGAAACGGAACUAGUUGAAGAGUGCUUCCUUCUGGGAAGGAUUGAGGGAAGGGAAAUUGACAGUCUAGGCGUUGCCCUCCGUGUUACUGAGGUAGCGCCCUCUAACAGCGGUAUUUACGACGGACACAGUUCAGCAAGUUUGGACGAUGAAGGGAGAUGGAAAAUACCGCUAUCGCAUUUCACCUCCAAGAAACACGGUGUGGACGACAAACUCCAGAACAAGCGGAUCAGGUCCUACUACAAGGCGCAGGACCGACUGAUCGAGUCGUUCGAGGAGCUGCAGUUGGAGAUUAAUGAUGCCAUGCUUGACUCCAAUGAUGUCAAUGUGCUCCAGAAGAAGGCGUUGUUUUACGCCCGACUGACGUUUGGUGUCAACUGUCUACUUCUCAUAGCGAAAGCAGUGGCCAGCACCCUCUCUGGCUCCAUUGCCAUAAUCUCCAGUCUGGUGGACAGCAUCGUCGACCUCGCGUCAGGCAUCAUUCUGUGGUGGGCAACCAAGGCCGUGAAGAAGAGAGACCCCUACAUAUACCCUCAAGGUCGGACAAAGCUGGAGCCUGUCGCCAUCACCAUCCUCUCCGUGCUAAUGGCGGCCGCCUCCCUCCAACUGACUCGAGAGUCCAUAACGAAGAUCAUCUCAAUCUCCUCUGGGACGGCCGGACUUCCAGUAGUCGAUAUCCCCGUCUUCGCCAUCGCUGGAGGAACCGUUGGUGCUAAGUUGGUGCUGUGGUUGCUAUGCCGACGUAUCCCGUCACCUUCGGUACAGACCCUGGCACUUGAUCAUAGGAACGACGUGUGCUCCAACGCCGUAGCCAUCGCAUGCGGCUAUGUGGGGUCGAUCGAGAUGAAAAAGCUGACUGGCAUAUCAGGCCUGAGCUACGUGGAUCCCGCCGGCGCCAUCCUCAUCAGCUUGUACAUCGUCUACAACUGGUGGCAGACUGGGGCAGAGCAAAUCCGACUUCUGACAGGCUACACGGCUCGGCCGGAGUUUCUCAGCAAGUUGACAUGGAUAUGCGUAAACCACCAUAAAAAGAUACUGCACAUCGAUACAGUGAGGGCGUUCCAUUUUGGCAACAACUUCUUGGUCGAGGUUGACAUCGUGCUUCCGGAAGCGAUGUCCAUGAAGGAGGCUCACGACAUCGGCGAGCCGUUGCAGCUGAAGUUGGAGGCGUUGCCGGAAGUGGAGAGAGCGUUCGUCCACUUAGACUACGAAUAUACACACAAUCCGAAAUCUGAACACAAGAUCGUAUGAGUAAAAGAAUAAUGGGUUGAGUGAGACAAUGUAAUCUAUUACGCACAACUCUAUUUAGAGGAAUGAUGAUGCUUUGUGAUUGUGAAACAUUUAUAUCUGAUACGCCUCCAAUACGAUACAACUCCAAACAGUGAAUUCUGGCGCCUAAGACAACAGGGCCACUUUUGCAACCCCCCUCCCUCAAGACGAAAUGGGGGUAUGAGAGGGCAGAGAUGAAUGUCUCCACUACAGAUAACCCGGGUUUUACUCAGAAAAUAGGGAAUGAGAUGAAUUAAUGAAAAAAAACCUUGAACUCUGAACAAAUAAAAAACGAGACAAAGCGUUCACAUUUCAAGACUGGAGUCUACACCCCACAUGCUCAGUGAAACCUUGUUUAACUGGACUUACCGUGGUCAGUGAAAUCGCAAAAGAAAUAUGGACGUUACCGUUCUAAGUGAAAUCUCAAUAAGCAAGAACAUCACCUUUCCCAGUGACAUUGUCAAGGCACAAGGACUAUACAUUCCCAGUGAAAUUGUCGCAAGGAUGUAAAAGUAAAAGCUGAUAUAAAAAUGUUAAAACGUGUGUAUAUGAUAUGUUUGAAUGCAAAUUUGGCGUGUGCCAAAGAUGUAUAUUGAGUUUUAUUUUCCUUUUGCAUAAAUGAAUUAGUAUCGGAAAUCCAUAAAGGGUAUUCAAUUACA